CCCUGCCCGCCUCCCCCCAGCCAUUUUAACUCGGUCCCGCCGGGCUGCUGGCAACUUCACUCGGAGGCGAAGCGCGGGCGGGCUCCGCUCCCCUCCGCGUCUGCUCGCCCCCGGGGUGAGCCCGGGUCCCGGGGGGAUGGAGGGGGGUCGGGUCUCCCGGGGGGCGGUCCCUGGCGCGGUCGGGACACGGGCGAGCAUAUUUCGACCUAUUCCGGCCCUGCGGCGCGUCGGGGCGCGGGUCCCCGGGACGGCGGUGUCGUGCGGAAGACGGGGUACCUCGGCCCCGAGGGGGCGGGCGGACAGGCGGGGGUCUCCGGCUGCCGAGAGCAACCCCGAGGAGUUCACGGGAUUUUUUCCUUCUUCUCUCCUCCUUCUCCUCCUCUCUCCUCCUCCUCCGCCCUCCUCCUCCUCCUCCCCCCGCUGCUCCGCCCGCUCCCCUUCCCGCGGCGGGCCGGCGGCCGCAGCAGACGCCGCGCUGCCGUGAGGAUGCCGCAGCUGCCGGGGGCCGGGGGCGGCGGGGGGGACCCGGAGCUCUGCGCCACCGACGAGAUGAUCCCCUUCAAGGACGAGGGGGACCCCCAGAAAGAGAAGAUCUUCGCCGAGAUCAGCCACCCCGAGGAGGAGGGCGACCUGGCCGACAUCAAGUCCUCCCUGGUCAACGAGUCCGAGAUCGCCCCCGGCGCCAACGGGCACGAGGUUUCCAGGCAGACUCAAGCACAGGAUUCCUACCAUGAUAAAGGCAGAGAACACCCCGAGGAAGGAAAGCAUCCGGACAAUGGCUUAUACAGCAAGGGACCAUCGUACUCUGGCUAUUCUGGGUAUAUCAUGAUGCCAAAUAUGAAUAACGACCCAUACAUGCCUAAUGGAUCUCUGUCGCCACCCAUCCCCAGAACAUCCAACAAGGUGCCCGUGGUACAGCCUUCUCAUGCGGUUCACCCCCUCACCCCUCUUAUCACCUACAGCGAUGAGCACUUUUCCCCGGGGUCACACCCGUCUCACGUCCCCUCCGACGUCAGCUCCAAACAAGGCAUGUCCAGGCAUCCUCCAGCUCCUGAUCUCCCUACCUUCUAUCCCUUGUCUCCAGGGGGGGUUGGACAGAUAACACCACCUCUUGGCUGGCAAGGUCAGCCUGUAUAUCCCAUCUCGAGUGGAUUCAGGCAGCCCUAUCCAUCCUCACUCUCAGUCGACCCUUCCAUGUCCAGGUUUUCACAUCACAUGAUUCCUGGUCCUCCAGGCCCUCACACAACUGGAAUCCCUCACCCAGCUAUUGUAACACCUCAAGUAAAACAAGAACAUCUGCACAAUGACAGUGAGCUCAUGCAUGUGAAGCCUCAGCACGAACAGAGAAAAGAACAAGAGCCAAAAAGACCUCAUAUUAAGAAACCUCUGAAUGCUUUUAUGUUGUACAUGAAAGAAAUGAGAGCAAACGUUGUAGCAGAGUGUACUCUGAAAGAAAGUGCAGCUAUCAACCAGAUCCUUGGCAGAAGGUGGCAUGCUCUCUCCCGUGAAGAACAAGCAAAAUAUUAUGAACUAGCUCGUAAAGAAAGGCAGCUACACAUGCAGCUUUAUCCAGGCUGGUCUGCAAGAGACAACUAUGGGAAGAAAAAGAAGAGGAAGAGAGAAAAGUUGCAGGAAUCAGCAUCAGGUACAGGCCCCAGAAUGACAGCUGCCUACAUCUGAAGCAUGGUGGGAAAAGAAAUGCUUUCUCAACUUGCAAAGCAAAGGCGUCGACACCAGGACCCCUUCUGGAGAUGGAAGCUUGUUAAACCCUAGGUGUGUCCUUCAUCCACACAGACCACCCCCAAGGAGUCUGUCUAGGAUGUCAUUCACCCUGAUGUCACUGCUAGAGACACUGAAUCAUAAAGACAAUCACUGCCAAAAUCCUUCACUAUCACGAGGUCCAGCCCCGAUAUAAAUAGAGCAAAUGAGCUCCUGGGUCAGCAGAGCAGCUUUUGUCUUCACCUCUGCCUUGCACUCUUAAGCCCCCGUCUCAUCUGUGUCCAUAUUGAGUCAGCAAACACAGUAGCAUGGCUGUCUGUGCCUGCUUCAGCCAGCAGAAUUACGUAGACCACAGCUGCCCCAUACAGCACAUCGAGGGAUGGAAUUUGCCUGGACCAGGAUGACGCGCUCAACCUUCUUUUUAUUUAAUGGUGCGACAGGAUCAAUUUUGGUUUUAGCUUUUUUUAAGAAACUUGAAUGCUUUUAUAUUUUAACUUUUAGUUUGUAAUUUCUUUGGUGUAUAUUUUACUAGGUAUGAGCUUAAACAAGUGUCAGAAAUCUGAAAUACUUUUUAAAUAAAAGGAGUUUCUUUUUUUUUUCUGCCAGAGGAAAAAUCUCUAUGGAAAAAAGGUGGCUGUUUUGUUAAACUAUUUGUAACAAAUAGUGGCCUCUCAGUCUAUAUAAUACAGUGUCCUAUAGAACUAAAUAAAUGUAACAACAGUCAGCUGGUCAGUAGACAUGUUAGUCUUGCAUCAUCUACUCUGUAAACAUAAGCAAUACAUCCAGCAAAUCUGACUGCAGUGAGUUCUCCUUCUCACCCAUUCCCCUUCUCCUUGUAAAAAGCCCAGCACUUGAAUUAUUACUUCAAUUGUUCUGUAUUUGUAUCUGUUUUUGUUAGCCUGUUAGUGGGAUUUGAUGCCAGUUGUUGAAAUGAGCAUUGAUGUACCCAUUUUUUAAAAUAGUAAGGCACAGCCUUUGCCAAAAAUACUGUCAACCAAUUUUUUUUUGUCAUUCCAGUUUGAGUUAAUGUGCUGAGCAUUUGUUUUUUAAUAAAAGCUUUGUAAUAAAAUGAAA